GGAAAGCCCUGAAGUCUGAGCCAGAGCCAUGGAGGGCUCUGUGCUGAGCCCCUCAUCUUGGGAGAAGCGCCAGGCCUGGCUCCGCCAAAGUCGUCACUGGCAGACUCAGGUCCUAGAAGAGGAGGCUGAAGCUGUCCUGCAGGACAUCCCAGAAGCUGAGCCUUCCACCUUGGAUGAUGUUUUCCAGGAAGGGAAUCCCACCAGUAAAAUAGAAGACUGGCUGCAGGAUUGUGGGUACUCUGAAGAAGGGUUUUCUGAGGAACCAGGGCAGUUGAUCUGCAAUGGGUGUCCCAGCCAUGGGACCAGCUUUGAAGAUGACUUAACCCUUGGAGCAGAGGCCACUCUGUUGGCCACCAAUGACAAACCCUUCUCUAGAAGUUUCCUUGAGACAGCCCGGCCCUACCAGCUACUUGAUCUUGGUUGCAGUCUGGCCUCCAGCAGCAUGACUGGUGGAAGCAACAAAACUAGUUCAAGCAUCUCAGAGAUUCUGGACAAAGUGCAAGAAGAUGCAGAAGAUGUCCUCUUCAGUCUGGGCUUUGGUCAAGAGGACCACAAAGACACUUCUAGGAUCCCAGCCCGAUUUUUCACCAACCCCUCAAAAGCCAAAGGCAUUGACUUCCAGCUCUUCCUCAAGGCCCAGGUACAGAGGAUUGAGAUGGAGGAUCCCUGCCUAAUGCUAGCCAGCAGGUUUAAGCAGGUGCAAACACUGGCUGUCACUGCUGAUGCCUUCUUCUGUCUCUACUCUUAUGUAUCCAAGACACCUGUCCAGAAGUUCACACCAUCUCAUAUGUUUUGGAAUUGCAACCCAACUGAUGUGCCAUGCAUUCGGAUUACAUCCCCAGAGCCUGAACCCCACUCACCCAGAGAGCGUCUCCGGAAAGCCAUCUCCAAGAUGUGCCUGUACACAAGCCCACGAGAUCGGCUGACACCCCCUCACAACUCCUCCAAAGCGAACAGCUUGGAUCAAGUGGUGUUGGAAGUAAUGGACAGAGUGAGAGGAGAGAAGUUGGCACUCCAGAAAUACCCUGAGCAUAGACCAAGCUCACAGGAAGAACCUGUGACCUCCUUCAGGACUACAAAAAUGCUCACAAAAGCACAAUCUCUGGAUUUUACCCUUGAGGCUCCCUGUUACACACAUUGUCUGCCCCACACAGAUCUGCAGUGGAACAGAGAUCCCACACAAGUAAAGAGAGAGCUCUGCGGUCUUCAGACCACCAGUGAGGAAGUCCAUUCAGCCAAGGAUAUGACUUUCUGGAAAAGGAAGAGCAGAGCAAGAAAGAGCCUGUUUCAAAAGGACCUCAUGAUCAAAGAUGUCAGGAAAGUCAAGUCACUGGAUCUGUCCAUCAAUCACCAGAAAUGGCAUCAGAGGCCAGAUACACCAGACUUUCACCAAUAUCUAUCCCAGAAAUUGCAGGAUUCUUUUGACUUGAAGGAGGUAGAUGGUAUCAGGAUUCCAGAAUUCUUAAUUCCUGGAAUACCACCAAACAAUGGUUCAGUAUAA